AUGGCCUGGAGCACGACGUCGCCCGGGGCCCACCAGCCCGACAACACGGCCUUCACGCAGCAGCGCCUGCCGGCCUGGCAGCCGCUGCUGUCGGCCGGCAUCGUCCUGCCGCUCUUUUUCUGCGUGGGCCUGGCCUUCAUCGGCCUCGGCAUGGGCCUCUACUACUCCUCCAACGGCAUCAAGGAGAUGGAGUACGACUACACGGACGACCCGAGCACCGGCAACUGCUCGGCCUGCGCCGGGGCCUUGGAGAAGGUGGUGCCGCCGCCCGCCAACUGCGACUGCCAGUGGUGCUUCUCGCUGCCCGAGCUCUUCCAGGGCCCCGUGUUCUUCUACUACGAGCUGUCCAACUUCUACCAGAACUACCGCCGCUACGUGGUCUCGCGAGACGACGAGCAGCUCAGCGGGCUGGCGAGCGCGCUGCGUCACCCCUCCAACGACUGCGAGCCCUACCAGUUCACCCCGGCCGGCGAGCCCAUCGCGCCGUGCGGCGCCAUCGCCAACAGCCUCUUCAACGACUCCUUCAAGCUGCUGCACCAGCGCCUGCCCAGCGGCGCCUACGUCGAGGUGCCCCUCGACCGCACCGGCAUCGCGUGGUGGACCGACUACCACGUCAAGUUCCGCAACCCAGAACCCAUCAACGGCAGCCUGAAGCUGGCCUUCCAGGGUACGGCCAAGCCGCCCAACUGGCCGCGGCCGGUCUACGACCUGAGCCCGGACCCCAACAACACGGGCUUCGUGAACCAGGACUUCGUGGUGUGGAUGCGCACGGCGGCGCUGCCCACGUUCCGCAAGCUGUACGCGCGCAUCCGCUACGGCAGCUACUCGGCGGGGCUGCCCCGCGGGGCCUACUGCGUGAACAUCAGCUACAACUACCCCGUGCUGGCCUUCGGCGGCCGCAAGCGCAUCAUCUUAAGCAGCAUCUCGUGGAUGGGGGGCAAGAACCCCUUCCUGGGCAUCGCCUACCUGACCUUUGGCUCCCUCUGCAUCGUCACCGGCUUUGUCAUGCUCGUCGUGUACAUCCGGCACCAGGACGAGAACGGCGACGGGGAGGACGAGGACGAGUGACCCGAGCUGGGUGGGGACAGCUCCCCGCGGCCCCCUGCCUCCCCCCCACUCCGUCUCUUACCUGGGCGUCGUCUUGCAAGCGUUUUGAGCUGUUGUG